AUGGGGUCCCUCCGCCGCCCCCCCCAGGCUCCUCUUUUCGUUGCCGCCCGCUCCUCGCGCAAACUUUCAACGAGCACCGCUCCCCCCAGGGAUACCCGCACCGCGGGAGGCGGGCGGGGGGCGCGGAGCCCCGCCCGCGCCGUGAUUGACUGGAGCGCAUCGGUGAUUGACGGCCGCGGGGUCCCGGAGGCAGUUAAUCUGUCACCGGAUCAAUGUGCAGCGUCUCCAAGUACGGAUCCGGAUCCUCCCUCGGUGGCGCGGUUGGUCACUCGCUCUUGUUGCAUCUCGCCCGGGCGGACGCGGCGGCGGGGCGGGCGGCGGCCCCGCGGCGUCGGUGAAGGGCGCGCCGCUGCCCGCCCGCCCCGCUCCCCGGCGGCUGCCCGCGGUCAAGGGCUCGGUGGGGACGGGGCCCCCCCGGCCGAUGGCGGCCCCGCCGCCGGGCUGCGGCCCCUAGCCCCGAGGAGAGCCUGCACGUCCAGCCGGGCUCCGCGGCGCGCCAAUUUGCCCGGCUCGCUGCUGCCCUUCUGCUGCUACGUACUGCGGGUCCUGCCCGCCCCGGCCCCUAAUCCUCCCGCUCCUAAUCGCCCGCCGGAGACACGACAAAGGGGCUCCGGGGCCGCCGCUCCCCGAACCCCGCUCCGAUCCGCUCCGGGCACCGAGCGGCAAGUUUCGGCCAGCCCGGCUCGGCCUCGGGCUCGGCCCCCCCCGGCCCCGCUGCUGCGGGACGCGCCGGUCGCAUCCUCCGGCGCGUUUCGUUGGAGCCCGCCCGGGGCUCGCCGCAACCGGCGGCCCGGCACGGCUCGGCGAGCCGGCACAAAGGGAAGGGACGCGGCACCUCCGGGCCACCCGGGGCGGGGGUUGUUCCACAAUCCCCCCCGGUCAGGACGCCCUUGCCACGGGCAGCCGCUGCCACCGCGCUACCGGAGCAGCUCCGAGCAGCGGCUACGGCAGCGCUCGGAACCGGCGGCCGCGGCGCGGGCGAUGCGCUACGGCUCGGCCGGACCUCUCUGA